AUGGCGUGGCGCAGAGUCGUUGAUCAAUGGCCAUCUGCUCACUCCGAGUUAAGAGGAGAUGUUCUGAACGUCGCGGAGAGGGAGGUUCGGCCAGGACUGUCUCUGGGAGAAUCGGACGGCUUCGCGACAGUGGUGAUGCUCCUCGACCACCUGCUAGACCGUGAGCUCAUGGAAACAUCUGAGUCCCAACACAGAAACCUGCAAGUGAGCUUCCACAAGCUCCCUUUCCGCAACGUGCUGCCUUUGGACCAUCACACGCAGGCUCACCUCGCCGCAUUGAUCUCAGGCUAUCUAGGGAAUGAUUAUGUGGCUGGGAAUUUGAACAUGCGAGGCAGGACAGAGGUGUCUGUAGACCUGGCGGGCCUCCACCGCACUCUGCAUGUGCCGUCCGACGGCACGCCUGGCCGAGUGCGAGAGCUCGUGGCCGCGAGAGCAAACCGUCACACCAGCGAGAUUGCUGCAGUGGCACCAGAUGUCCUGAGUGAGUUGCGCCCUGCGAUGGCGGAUAGAAUCUUCGUCGAGCUCAGAUGGACAAACACCGACUACGUGAGACGAAUGGAAGGCUGGCGCAACCAUGGGCUCAAGAAGGACCUUGUCAAAUUUGUCCAGGACCUUGAAGACCGACCCAUGCCAUGUGCGCCUGACGGAACGUGGGCAUCGACAGAUGCGUUCGACCUCGUUGUCACUCAGCUCACCGACAUGCUCGCAACGACAGUGAGAACGCGCGGGCCUGAGAAGGACGACUUGGGCGAUUUGUACACCGACUUGCUGGACUUCCUCCAAAAUUACGUGGAGACGGCUGCUGACCCAACACCGGAUGGUCUGCGAGCCAAGCUGCUGAGUGAAUACGAGUGA